ACACACCAUCUAAUUUAAAUAAAUGGAAAAACAAACAUGUGAAUUAAAAGCCUGCCAUUUGUUUAAAAAUAGUUGUUCACUCAAAGUAGUAAGCUUAUCUUGCUAAACAGUACAGCGGGCUACUACAGGGGAAAUUGAGAUCUGUUGUGGUUUGGAUAUUUCCAUGGGAACCAGUGGCUAUGGAGAGAGGGAGGAUCCUGUUCGAGCAGCACAGGGGGUGUGUGUUGGAUUCAGUGGUUUCCUGCUUCAUUUAAACUUCUUCAUCUCUCUAACAGCCACAGAUGUGCUGGUCUUGACAAGAGAGAACCUUCAUCUGCUAUCAAGAGAGGCUUAGGGAUCUCUUACAACAGCCUGAACUUUAAGGUGGAGCUAUCAGUCCAUCCUGUUCAGGACAACCUUGUGGAUUAUCCAUAUCUUCAGAAUAUAAGAGUUUGCUCACUUCUACCAGAGGACCCAUGUGGGUGGUGGAGAAGAUCCGCGUGUCAGUGGAGAGAUCUAACCUGCCUAUCCCAUCAGCAGAACUCAGUCUUAAAAUUGGUGACAUCAUGUUUGGAGAAAAAGGUGACAAACCCAAAAGGAUUUCCCUCUGUCCUAAUGUCAUCACCCCUGACAACAUCCCAGAGUUCUGCAUCCCCCCAACAAUCCCAUCCCUGCAGGAGAUGAAGAAUACAGAGCAGAGCCGAGCUGCUCGCAUUAUCAAGGUGUAUCCCUGUGAGAGGGCUAGCCCUGAAAUAGAGGUGACGUGCCACGAGCCCAUCAACCCACACAUUAUCCAAGUGGAGAGUGUGGAUGAGAGCCCCUACGAUGGUUGCAGUGAUGAGGAGACCACCAAUGCAGAUCCCCAGAGCCAGGCUGCCUUAUCCCUUCCACACCUGGCCAAAGCUCAGACCUGCUAUGGCUUUUGCACCUUACUGGAGAGCCCCCACACCAGGAGGAAGGAGUCGCUCUUCCAUUCUGAUCCUGGCUCUUCUCCCCUACUGCUGCCCAGGAGUCGAUCCAGCAUGUGCUCCAAAGUCUCCCCCUCCACCUCGUCCUCCUCUCGUUCCUCAUUCAGCCUUAAUACCGUGACCUCCAGGCUUUCCCCAAGAGGAUACACCCUAAACUGGCAGGCCACUCUGGAUAGCGAUACAACUUCCUCUACUGAAUCCUCUCCUUUCAGCUCGCCACUGCUGACCAGGUGCCCUGCCAAGUCUUCCCUCUUCAAAGCACUGAGCCAUGAACUGCUGUUGUCAAGGAACAUGAGGAAGGCUAUGGUAUCCAGGAACAAUUCCCUGUCCACAGAUGAAGGCAGCUCCACAGACAAUAGCCCCAAUGUCAUGAGGAGGGCAUCAGAGGGGUUAGUUGAAGGCCUGCCCAGCAGCUACAGCCUGGCGCCACCCACCAUCUUCCCCAUGGACUUGACUCUGCACAGAGAGAGAGUAAUGAAGGAAAGAAUGGUACCCAUAGGGAAAGAUGGGAGCUUGAGACUCUCAGCAGAGUACUGCCCGGAUAACCAAAGACUACGGGUUCGACUGAUCAGUGCUGAGGGCCUCUAUCCUCUCUCUGUAGACCCGAAGAUUAUCAACUGCAGUGUUAGCCUCUCUCUGGUUCCUGGAAAAGUCCAGAAGCAACGCAGCACAGUCAUCAGAAAGAGCCGUAAUCCAAUCUUCAAUGAGGAUUUCUUCUUUGAUAGUAUCUCAGAGAAACACCUCAGCCAGCAGUCCCUUCGCUUUAAAGUAGUGAACAAAAUGUCCACCCUGAAAAGAGACUAUCUCCUGGGUGACUGUGAUUUGCCUCUUUCUAGCAUUGUGACAUUAUAAACCUAAGUACUUCCUUAACUGUAUAUUUAUGACCUGAAUUAUUUAUUUUCAUUUUUGUAUUGUAAAAUUAGAUUUUAUAAUGAUUAAAUUAUGGACAACACUGAGGUUGUUUGUCUUUAAUACAUUUCAAAUUAAGACCAUGCUAAAAAGUUUCAUUGUAAUAUCAUAAAUUGCGUUUGUGCAGACUGGAACAGUUCACCCAAUUAUAUAUAUAUGCAUUUUCAGAAUGCAAUGCUCAGGAUAAAGUUAAUUUCAGAAAAACAAAUGCACCACAAACAAAAGGUUAAUCCUCACCUUAUAAUUGCUUAAAAACAAACACAAAAAUGUUAAUAUAAUGAUUUACAGCCUUUUUAUUCCUUGCUGUAUUAAUGUGGCUGCAGCAUCAGCUGGUGUGAGAUAACCACUGUCACGUAUUUCUCCUAAGCCUGUUGUUUUCUUCCUGACCUUUCCAAUGAUUAAAAAUAUCACUAGAAACCAGAAA